UCCGAGCAUAUCACUUCCGUCAAAAGCGUUAUCUCGACAAUUCUUUUAGUUAAGCCCAGAGAAAGACACCUGAUAAAAUUUUCAUCAGUGUAAAAAUAAUAACUUUAGUAGUUUUAUUCAAAUUCUCAUAACAAAACAGAGGAAUUUUAAAGUAGAUUGCUGCAGCUGGGACUAUUUCUUUACUCCAUGUUGGCGAAGGAUAAACGUAAAGGCCGAACUACUUUCUAUGAGAUCUGUUCUGUAAUUUUGCGAUGGGCUCAAAGGUGAUAUCUAGUGCCAAGGAGUUUUUUAAUAUUCUUCGAUCUCUUCAAAGUGAGGAAAGCAGCGAUCCAUAUUCAUGUGAGGAGGACAUCCAAAUAUUAAAGACGAAUGGAGACAGAAUAGCUGUGGUGAAUAUGUACUGUGGCAACCAGCCAGUCUUCAUCUGUCAAAAAGCUGUUCCAAAAAUAAGUGAACCUGAUGAUCAACAAAAACCUGAGUAUUCAAACGGCGCUAAUGAUGACGAUGAUGCCGAUGAUGAUGAUGCCGAUGAUGAUGAUGCCGAUGUCCUCCAAACAGAACUGGGACCAAAGCCGCUCACAAUCAUGAAAGCAAGGCAGUUGCUGUCUUGGUACACAUUAUCUCAAAAUGCUAAUGUGUCAGCUGUGGACAACAACUCUGCCUUACACCCUCUGUGGGUGCGGUGUGACAUGUUUGAUCCCGCUAGAACAACCUGGUUUGGGGCUGAAACAGUCUGCGUGGGCAGUAAAGUAACUGGUGUAAAAUUAUACUCCGUUACCUGCAAAGGCUCAACAGUGGACAAAAGCUCUCUAAUAACCUUAGAUGAGCUUAAACAAGAGCACAAGAAAAGGCAUCACCCAUCCUCAAUGGCAAUGAAAGGCAGUGCCAGGUUCAACUUGUUUGGCUCCACUGUUGUUGAAAACACCAUGAUUGAGUCACAGAGUAGUGUGACAGUGGAUUUCAAAUGGAGUCAUGUAGAGAGUAUCCUUGAGACCCCACCCCUGUCUUCUACAGCUACACUGAAUAUCAAAGUUGUAAGCGGAGACAUGAGAAGCCCAAUGUUUGAGAUGUACGGGGAGCUAGAGUUUCUUCAGACCCUUGCUGAUGGUUUGAGAACUGGUGAGACUGAAUGGAUGGAACCUUUGGAAAGCACAUCAGCAGUAAACCUUACCAAGGCCUACCUAGAAGAGCUUCAGAGCACUGCAAAGACACUACAGGAUAAGGCUGCAAAAACAGUUGAGACCACAAAGCUGAAGUCUGAGACAGACACUCCCAUUUUCAACUCUCUCUUGGAACGAGGCGAUUUGGAUUUUGUGGAACAGUUGUGGGUUCACAUGAGAAAGAGUGUGACUUCUUAUCAAGACAUUGGAGACUGCCUGAAAUUGGUCAUCGAAGCUCUGAGAUACGGGGACAUCAAACCCUGGAUUCACAGAGACAGCAGUAGCUACCUCAGCAAGCUCAUCCUGCAGUCGUACCACCAGCAGAUGGAUCAUGUGUCUCUCACAGGUGUCACCCCUGUCCACAUGCUGCUAGAGAUGGGUCUGGACAAGAUGAGAAAGGAUUACAUCAACUACCUCAUUGGUGAAGAAUUGACAACUCUAAACCAUUUGUGUUACUACCUGAGCACAGAGGUUGAUCUACAGGAGCAAGUGAGCCGACUCAGAAAACUGCACCAUCUGCUGGAAAUAAUUGUGACCUGCAGUACAUUCCUCGGUUUGCCCUAUGACCGGCUGUUCCUACUCACACAAUCAUGUUUGCAGCACUACAAAACAUACCCAUAUGAUGAGGAACAUGAAUUCAAACUCCAAAUCAAACCAGCCCUGAUCAGCCAUUUCUACCAGAAAGAGCACCCAGCUUUGUGGGGAGUUGAGGUGUCCAGUGGCCAUGGUCCUCGUGAGGUCAGGACAUCCUUACAGCUCAGUGACAGACCACUGGUUGAUCAUGUCAUCUUUGAAACAGAUUACCCAAAUGAAACAGGGAAUGGGGACAGUGAGGACCCUGGCCUCUUCUCCACCAUGGUGUGCUGCAGUCUUGUCAACUUUGCAUGAAUUUACACAGAGCACAACUGAACAUUAAAGGAGGUGUUUAUUUUCA